AAUUCACAGAUAAUCAUCAAAACCUUUUUUUCUUAAUAUGUUAAAUAUUUACGUCCGUUUUCAGUAUUAACAGUGAAAAAACAUGGAGAGACUUGGCGCUGUAUUUUAUUUUUUAAUGUUAUUUAUCAAAAUCGUUUGUUCACAUCCAAUGUGCAACAGAAGAUCAUUACUAAAGAAAUCCUUUUUCUCUCAUCGUGAAGAUUGUUCAAUGUACUAUGUUUGUUUAAAUAGAAGGAUAUUUUUGAUGAAGUGUGAUGAUGAUGAAGUUUUUAAUGUUGAGUCAGAGACUUGUGUUCCAAGAGGAUCAGAGUUAGAUUCCUGUUCUCGGAAAGUAGAUACAAACGACUGCGCAGCACAUAAUGUUGGAUUUCUUCCUCAUAUGACGAGCUGUGCAAAAUAUUUGGACUGUUCUUCCAAGUUACGUGGAAAUCCCAGAAUUCGUGAAUGUCCAUAUCCACAUCUUUUUGAUUCCGUCACGAAGAAGUGUCGAUAUUUUAAAGAAGUUGACUGCGGGGAUAGACAUGAGCCAAAAAAUCCAUGUGACUACGACGUGUAUACUUGUAAUGGUGAUAUGUGUGUCCCCUGUCGCUCUCGUUACCCUAGCUGUGUAGAUUUACCUGACGGCCUGAACCCCUGGAGGGGGCGGGAGUGGACACCACAUUUUUUACUGUGUACCGGUGAAAGAGUUCUUUUCCAUGGACUGUGUUCAAAUUCACAAAUUUUUCAUCCAAGACAAUUAAAAUGCAUGAAUCCAAAAACAAAUACAACAAAUCGAAAUCCAGAAGCAUGAAAUAUGCUACAAAUUUAAUAUUUAUUUAUAACAAUUCAUCUUUUUUUCAAAUGAUCAUCUUAUUUUAUACAUGUUUGUAUAUAUUUGUUUUAAUUAUUCGUUAUUGACUUAUCUCUCUUUUAUUUUCCCACUAUUAAAAACGAUUUGUUUUACAGAAUUAUCGACAUUUAAUUCUUGUUUCAAA